GCAUCCUGUACAAGGGCAACGGUGAGAACGUGUUCAUCUCCCAGCAGCCCCCAGUGAUCAGCAGCAUCAUGGGUAACGGCCGGCGCCGCAGCAUCUCGUGCCCCAGCUGUAACGGCCAGGCGGAGGGCAACAAGCUGCUGGCCCCCGUGGCGCUGGCCUGUGGCGCCGACGGGAGCCUCUUCGUCGGGGACUUCAACUACAUCAGACGCAUCUUCCCCUCUGGGAACGUCACCAGUGUGAUGGAGCUCAGAAAUAAAGAUUUCAGACAUAGUAACAACCCGGCCCACCGGUACUACCUGGCGACGGACCCGGUUACGGGGCAGCUGUACGUGUCAGACACCAACUCCCGCCGUAUCUACCGUCCCAAGGUCCUGACGGGCACCAAGGAGCUGCUCCAGAACGGAGAGGUGGUGGCAGGAACCGGGGAGCAGUGUCCCCCCUUCGACGAGGCACGCUGCGGGGACGGGGGCAAGGCCACAGAGGCCCUCCUCAUGGGGCCCAAAGGUAGGGUGACAGAGGAAUAAACACACACACACACACACUGCCACAUGCUGAAAAUUGGUACAGACAACAAAAUGAUUGACAUAAUACAUUUACAGUGCCCUGUACAGAGAAACACACAACUACACAGGACAUUGGUACAGACACCAACAAAAACGCACACACACACAGACACAGACACACACACACAUAUUAUAUGGUCUGGCAUAUAAUUCAUGCACAGUUCCCUGUAGAGAAAAACAGACCAGCCCUUGGUAAAAGGCUUUAGCACUCUUACCCCGCAAGCU